AUGGCAUCACCAGUGACAAAGCGAGUUUCAUCGACAAAGAAACAACUGUCACCGACUAAAAAGACAACUGGAAAAGACUCAAUUUCUCAGAGUCCUCUACCUGAACAGAAAACAUCAAAGAUCAAGCCUGCAGACCAGGCGGAACCCCUCAACAAACCCUCGCCACCAGCAACGGUCAAGAAAAAAAUUCGAAAAUUACCAAAAAAGCCUGAUGUGAAGGAAUUGACUCCAGCUUCUCAAGAAACACAGAAAUCGCAAACCAACAUUGGGAAUCUCGAUCAGAAUGAGACACCAGAUGAUCACGCUGCCGACCUGUCGUAUGAGGAGCCUUUGCCGAUAAGGGAGACUAUUGAGGAACACGAAGAGACAAUCGAAGUACCAGAAGAAGCGCGACAAGAAGCAGCCGUUCAAUCUGAAGAACAGAGAAAGUCCGCAACGAAGGAAAGUGAUGCGGCCUCUGGAUCAGGGGGCGAGUCAUUCUUCCAGCGAGGCAAGAAUGCAGCCUCGCGCCUUUCAAACUUGACAGGCACUGUCAGGAAUCUCAGUGACCGCGCUAGAACUGCACAAUCCCAGGGCACUUUUGAUAAUAUCCAGAACGGAAUUAAAGGCGUCACGAAGCGCUUCAAGGCCGACGACGGAAGUAUCGUAACCGAAGUCGCCGAGACGGUCCCCAAUCUCCCGACAGAUGUGUCUGAGUUAAAGGGGUUAGAGGUGAGCGAGGAGGGGCAUAUACUCGAUGAUGAUGGUAAUGCCAUUGGAAUACUUGUCGAAGGCGACCCCAGCGAUCUUGCUGGCCUGACAGUUGGGGACGAGGGUGAGAUAUUAGAUGAAGAUGGAGAUCUUAUUGGCCGAGUUGAUCUUGUCAGAGACGAGACUGCAAAGUAUGCCGAUGCGAUUGAAGAAGAGGUUGACACAGAAAAUGUGCCCAGCUUGAAGGACCUCGCGAAAUUGCCACUCACGGAAGACGGGUUUGUAAAAGAUGACCAGGGCCUAGUAUUGGGACGACUUGUUGAAGGUGACCCUGAUGACUUGGCUGGCCAGACUGCAGAUGAGAAUGGCGAAAUCCUCGAUGAAGAUGGAGACUUGAUUGGGCGGGUCGAGCUCAUCCCCAGAAGCCCACUUGAAGAGUCGACUGGCGAAGCAGAGCCCACUGGUGGCGUGUUACUUCCCAAAGUUGCCAUUCUUCGAGGCAGAGAGAUAAACGAGGACGGCAAAAUUUUGAACGACGAGGGUGAACAUCUGGGUCAGGUUGUGGAAGGCCAAGAUCACACACAUUUACUGGGAAAGAUUCCCAACGAGCAGGGCCAGGUGCUGGAUAUCAAUGGAGAGGUUAUUGGACAAGUUGAGACAGUUCCAGGGGAGGCUGCAAAUGUUGCAAUGCAAGAGCUCGAAGAAAAGAAUGCAGCCAUUACCACUAAGGAUGGUGAAACGGAGGAAGAAGAAGAGGAGGAGGAGGAGGAGCAGGAGGAAGGAGAGGGCGCAGAAGACAUGAAAUCCAACGCAUCGCAGGAAAGCGCGCCAGAAUUACCUGAUAUCUCUACCCUUGAAGGCUUGAAAUGCAACAAAUUUGGAAACAUUGUCGGCGAUGAUGGUGUGCCAGUUGGUGAGCUUGUGGAGGGCGAUGCCAAAAAGCUGUCCAAGGGAGAAUUCACGCUUGAUGAUCAAGGCCAAUUCUGGGAUAACAGAGGCAACGUUCUGGGCGUGGCACGAACAAUCCCACUCGAAGAGGAAUACCAGCGCCUGUUUGCAGACUUUGAAGAUCUCGUCGUGGUCGAUGAUGGCUGGGUCGAAGACGCAAGCGGGGAUCGAGUAGGUCAGGUCGUCGAUGGUGAGAUCAAGAAGCUUAUUGGUCGUGCUGUCGAUGACGAUGGGGAUAUUUUGGAUAAGCGAGGAAAUUUGAUCGGCCAUGCUGAGCCCUGGGAGGAACCAGAGCCUGAACCAGAAGAGGUCGAUUUCUCUUUCUUGGAAGGCCUCUCGCCUAACAAGCUAGGCUUUGUCACUGGGUCAGACGGCAUGUUGAUAGGCCGCGUGGUAGAAGGGGAUUUGAAAAAGCUUGCUGGGAGAACCAUCGAUCACGAAGGACAAAUAUGGAGCGAUAGCGGUGAGGUUCUUGGAAGGGUUGAACUGGUUCCAGAGGAGGAACGUGAAUUCUUGGGACCCUUCAGUGACCUGGGCGAUCUGGUGGUUGGGCAAAACGGGCUUGUUGAAACUGAGGAUGGUCUUGUCGUUGGUAAAAUUAUUGAUGGAGACCCGGAAAAGCUACAAGGCAAAGCUGUUGAUGAUGACGGAGACAUCUUGGAUAAACGAGGCAACGUGAUAGGACGGGCUGAACCCUAUACUCCAUCCGAAGAACCAGAAGAGCCAGAGGAGGACUUGUCUGAGCUUGAUGGAAUGAAAGUCAACAAGUUCGGAAAUGUCGUCGACGAAAAUGGGGCGGUCUUUGGACGACUUGUGUCCGGCAACCCUAAGAAGCUCAACGGAAGGAAGGUGGAUGCAGAGGGUCAGGUGUGGGGUGAUGAUGGAAAAGUGCUUGGUAAUGUCGAGCUUAUACCUGCCGCCGAAAGAGAGAGACCUGAAGGUAUUUUCUACGGACUUGAUGGCUUGACUGCAACAAAAGAUGGACUUGUGAUCACCCCAGACCAGAGUGUGGUUGGGAGACUGACCGAUGGGGAGCCCUCAAGGCUUGUUGGCCGCGCCGUUGAUGAGGAUGGUGAAAUCGUCGACAAAGUGGGCAAUGUCAUCGGCCGCGCAGAACGAUACACCCCUGAAGAGAAACAACGGGAUAUCAAUCCAAUGAGCGGCCGAAAAGUCAAUCGAGAAGGCGAGGUUCGCGACGAAGAUGGAAACCUGAUUGGCAGGCUGACUAUGGGCAACGCCAAAGCAUUGAUAGGAAAGAUGGUCAAUGACGAUGGCUAUAUCGUUGACAAUGACGGAAACAAAGUUGGCGAGUGCACGCUGGAAGAAAAUCUGCCAGAGGUUGAAUCCGAGACCGAACCGGAGCCAGAAUUAUCACCCGAGGAAGUCGAGCAGCAGGCCAAAGAAAAACACGAUCGAGAGUUGGCGAAGAAAAUAUCUGGAGUUAUUCAGCAGACACUUGAGUCGCUGGAGCCGCUUUGCAAGCAGAUUACAGAGCACCUGGACCGAGCCGAUCGCACGCCACGAGACGAACUAGACGAAGAGAAACUAGUCCAGACCGUGAAACCUCUUAUUGAAGAUGCUGGAAACAAGCUCCAAGAGUGCAAGGGUACUAUCAGGGCGCUCGAUCCCGACGGAUCCAUCGCUGCGUCCGCAAAGGCCCACAGUGCUUCUCACGAGGCAACACCAGAAGAAUAUCAAUUAGCAGAUCUUAUGAAACAAUUGACUCAGACUGUGUCGGCUACCAUUGAAAAUGGACGACGUCGGAUCGCAGAUAUGCCUCAUGCGAAGAAGAAGCUCAAUCCGCUGUGGGCCUUGCUAUCGGAACCGCUCGUUCAAAUUAUUGCCGCAGUCGGCCUCCUUCUAAGUGGUGUUUUGGGUCUAGUCAAUAAUCUCUUGAGUGGGCUUGGGCUUGGUGGUCUUGUUAGUGGUCUUCUUGGUGGUCUUGGAAUCGACAACUUGAUGAAUAGUCUUGGCUUGGGCAAGUGA